UGGCCGUGCAGAGGCCACAGAGAGGCCCUGGGCCGUCCGGGCUGUGGGUGGGGGCAGGGGUGUUGAGGGCUGGCUCAGCUGUGCCUUGGUGAGGGGGCUGGGCGGCUUUGUGAGCCCCACCUGACUGCCUCUCCGUGCCUCAGAGGGCGGCUGUGGGGCGGGAAAGCCCAGUGGGCAGCAGGGAGGUGGGUCUGGCUGGGCGGCGGUUCCAUGUGGGAGCCUUUGAGUAAGAACCCCCUUGUCUCAGGGGACAGUGGGGAGCCCCUGGGUGCUCAAGGAUGGCAAGGGACCCUCCAUCCCAGAGUCAGGGUGGCCCUCCUGUAGAGAGUCACCCCUUCCCAGAGCCGUGCUGGGAUAGGAAGUGACCAUGGGAGGUGGCUGCAUGGGGGAUGGCUGCGAAGCAAACUGACCACGAGGGAAGUGAGUGUGAACUGGGGGAACCGAGGUAGUUGGAAGACACCGCGGGCUCAGCAGAAGCUGAAGCAAGCAACAGGAAACACAGGGCGUCUUGAGCCCUGAGGCAGGCAGCAGCAGGCCUGCUCUGGGGCUUUCUGGGUGGGCAGAGGUAGUGCAGGAUCCUGGAGAGAUAGAUGUUGCUGGGUCUCAGCAGGGCCGGUGGCUGGAAGGCACUCUGCUAUCCUGGGGCCUCCUGCCACCUGCAGAGCCCGUAUCCUGAGCCUGAGGCCCCUCCCAGACGUGGAGCUAAGCCCCACCUUUCAGGGUGGGGACAAUACCCGGUCCUGCCCCACAGGGCAGCAGUGGUCAGAGGGACUGGGGGGUAGUCCAGGACAGGGGGACAGCCAGCCUGGGACAGGGGCGUCUCAGCAGACAGAAGUUGCUCGGCUGCUGUCUUACCAGGAAGCCCUUGAGGCCCAGAGCUUCCAGUGGUCCUGCCCAAGGGGGCCUUGGCCGUGCUGUGUCCUAACCACAGUCAUGGGGGCUCUUCCAGGCUGGGGGGCAUCCUGACCAGGGUCAUGGGGGCUCUGCCAGGCUGGGGGCCUCCAUCCUGGCACCCAGUGCCGGAAGCCAACACCCUAAGGCUGGCGCUGUGCCUCCUGCUGCUGGGGUCCCCCCAGUGUACCCCUGCCCAGCCUGUGUGCAGAGAGGAGGAGUUCCCGGCAGGCUCAGAGUGCUGCCCCAAGUGCAAUCCAGGUUUCCACGUGAGGCGGGUGUGCAGCGAGGUGACGGGCACUGAGUGCUCGCCCUGCCCUGCGGGGACCUACACCGCCCACUCCAACGGCCUGAGGCAGUGCCUGCGCUGCCGGGACUGUGAGCCAGACAUGGGCCUGGUGACCGGGAAGAGGUGCUCCAGUACCCAGGAUACCACAUGUGACUGCAGUCAAGGCCACUUUUGCAAGGCCCAGGAAGGGGACCACUGUGUCCUGUGUGAGCCUCAUACCACCUGCCACCCCGGCCAGAGGGUGAAGGAGAGAGGUACCAGCAGUCGGGACACACUCUGUGCUGAUUGCCCACUGGGAACCUUCUCGCCCAAUGGGACCCUGGACCAGUGUCUGCCCUGGACCAGGUGCAGCGGGUGGCUUCAAGGGGAAACAGAGCCGGGGACCAGCAGCAAGGAUGUCACCUGCUCCUUCUCGUGGGCCUCUAUUCUUGUGCCCUGCUUUUCGGUGAUUGUCCUGGUCCUCAUUCUUCUCGGGGCCAUCUGGAUAUGGAAGAAAAAGAAAUGUUCACCCGGCUAUGAGGCCCCGAUGACCAACCCCAACCAGGAGAGGCGAGGCGGGGCAGAGGACCCUGAAUUUACUGAGGCCCUGCAGCCCUUGCCCGACGUCACCACUGUGGCUGUGGAGGAGACGGCUCCCGUGCUCAGGGAGAAGGACCCUCACCGCUGAUCACCAGGCUGAGGGGCAGCGGCUCGGUUCUAGGAUGGCACCGCUGGCGAGAGCUGGCACCCACCCUGAGAUGGAGUGUCACCAAGGUUUCCACAGGCUGUCCGCAGCUCUCAGGUGGGGCCCAGCGUCCUCCAGUCAGCCCUGGUGCAGCCCAGCCUUGUCCAGGAACUCAGUACCGUGGAAGGGUACAGUGGCAGCCGCUCCGCACCCCAGGCCCUGCUCCGGCCAUCUCAACCACUCGCCCAACCCAGCUCCCAUCCUGUCUGCGUCCUGGAGCCUGGUCGUGCUCGUCUGGAGGUGGCCCACAGUUCCACCCGCCCCAGGGUGGGCUACCGACAAAAGUGGCAGUAAGCCCCUCUCCUGUUUUAUAAGAUCUAGUUAUACCCAGACAUCUCAUCACUAUAAGUAACAUUUCUCAUCAAACCUCCUUCCCCCGCCAGACUCCCACCUGGGACCACAGCUCGGGGCAUGCCCUGGCAGGAGCAGUGUCCCUUUCCAUUGGGUGCUCACUCACUCCUCCUGGACCUCGGGGUGACCCGGGCUCCUCAGCUUGCUCACUGGGAUCAUCUCUACUCUUGUCCUCAUUUGUGUCCCCGGGGUCUCUGUGGGCUCCUUUCCCACAGGCUCUUGGGUUCUUUCAGCACUGACCAUCAUUUCACAAGAACGUCCUGCAUUUCUGGCGCAGCUGGCUGCCGCAGGCUCGUCUUGCUUUUCCCCGCCCCAGUUCUGGGGUCAGCAUUUUCUCCUGAGAGUGCUGGCUGCUCUCUGGAGGAUGGGGUUCCAGGGCCAACACUGGUUCCUGGGCCACAUGGCAUUAGUUUUAUUUUUAUUUUUUGCUAUAUAGAGAAUUGAGCCCUGGGCCUCAAGCCUGCUAGGAAAGUGCUCCACCACUGAGCUAAACCCAGUCCUUUUGUUUGACUUUGUUUCUAAAAUUUACUUUGAGACAGUGGCUGGCUAAGUUGCCCACGCUGGCCUUGAACUUUCGACUCUCCUGCCUCAGACUGCCCGGUGGGUAGGGUCACAGUGUGCACCUCUGCACCCAGGGUACGUGUGCUCAUUGUUGGGCCUCCAGGAAUUCACCAUGGACAGACUUAGGAACUCUACUCCCACACAUGUGCAGGCACACAUGUAGGUGCGGACAUGGAGGCAGGUGUGCAGAUAUGUAGAACUGAUGUGCGCGUGGCCUCAUGCUAUAUAAGACUCGAACACGCCCUGCCCAUCUUGCUGGCCAUUGGCGUGCAUGGGUCCCUUGCCUGGUGGAAACCUGUGCCCUUAUCCAGACCCUGCUGGCCGGUACUCGGGUGUGUCACAGCUCGGCUGGCCGAGGGCUGAUGGCUGCUUCCUUUUGCUGUAGGGUUUGUGGUCCAAAACUGCAGACAGUCCUGCAGGUUAACUUUUAUUUUGUCUUUCGUUUUGAGUGUGUUCAUUUAAUCAUUUGAAAUAUGAUUGUAUUCACUGCUUGAGUUUGACUUCUCUUCGCAGUAUCCUCACCACCCUUAUUUUAUCUCCCCACCUGUCUCUCAUUUUCAUCUAUCUCCUAUCUAAUCUGCCCUCCUACUUUUUAGAUCUGAGGAACACUAAAAAGGCUUAAAUGCUUCUGUUAGCGGUCCAGGAGGUCCAAUUAAGAGGCAAGGACUGGCAGAUUGUGCGUGCUGUCUAUAUGAGUCCCCUGCUGAAAAUGAGAUUCAGGCGGUUGACAGCACAGCACGCUGAAGGCUGCACCUGUGAGGCACUAGGCUGACGUCGGAACCAGGACUCCAGCGAGGCAUGGAGAAGGCCUUCUAGUGACACGCAGGGCCCUGUCCACCAGGUCACAGCUAUCUUGCAUGUCCACUCACCCGUGCAGAUCCAGCCUGGCAGGACGCAGCUCUCCUGAGUCAUAACCCUGUGAUGGUGCCUGAUCAACCCUGGUCUGUUUUCUCCAAAUCCUCCCCAGCACACUGUAAAAGACAAAAUCGCUGAGUGGAACCUGGAGCUUUAUGACCUGGCCCUGGUGGAUCAGCACCAGAGAUAGGUGGGGUCAGCCUGCGAUAACCUGGAACAUUCUGGCUUGGAUGGAGUCACUUUUUUCCUAACUGCCUUACAACCCCCCUGCUUCUGGCCUAGCUCUUGGGGAUCUGCUGCCCAGGGCCACACACCUGUCCUUCCGUUCUCAGUAGCUUGCACUCUGCCAUCCUGGCUGUGUAUCUUCUGUCACGAGGCUCCUUUGGGCGCUUCUCAGACGCUGGGCCGGUUGUUCCAGAACAUCACCUUCUGACAGAGUUCAAAUCCCUUAAAUAUCCAGACAGCUGGAAGGAGAGCAUCUAGUCCACACUUGGGCCUAUGCCCACCUCUCUCAGGUAUGGACAGAGCCAGGGGACUGAAGACCUCAAAGACAGAGGCCAGCAUAGCCCUGCAGCAGGCUCCGGCUUCUCGGACACCUCAUGAGCCCUGGGCCUUGAGAUCUUUCUCUAGCCCAUGGAGUGCUCGACUCAGGAGGGACUGCAUUAGCAGUGCACCCCAGUGACCCUAGAUGCUGGGAAAUGGUGGGGAGCAGGGCUGGGGGCUCACGGAUCCCUCAGGAGAGGCACAAGAGGGGAGCCACUGUUACCAUCCAAACAGGGCUGGUCUCACAUGAAGUUGAAGAAUGAAAUUGUAGAAAAAGGAGGCAGUUAAGUAGGGUGUUUACUGGAAGUAUAGGAUGGGGGAACUUUUAGUAGUUGGGAGGGGACCUGAAAAGGUGUCACCAGAGUGGGCUUUGGUCUAGGGCCCUUUGUGUCUGUUGGCAAGGUCCCUUGCUAUGAGAGGUCAAGGUGGCAUAGAGUUUGGGUCCCUGCUCUCGUAUGACCCACAGAGAAGCAGCACGCGGUGGCCACGCACUGACCACACAUGCUUUGGCUCACCGGAACUCUUGCUGCAUAACUAAGGAGAAGGAAGCAAAGGGGGAGGGGAUUGGCUGCAGUGGUCCCUUGCCCACGUUUGCAUUUACAUUCCUGGGCUUAGAGAUCUGCGUAGACUGAAUUACGGCUUAAUCUUAUGGAUGUGCUGUGUUCUUCAGAAGGCUGACCAGCCUCACGCCCCCUUAGGCCCAGCUCCUUGCUACCUGCCUAUUUAUGAGCUAAAGAGCUAAGCUGUCUCUCACAACACCAUCUCUGGCUUUCUUCUAGGGUGCUUCUGGAGAUGGGGCCUCCUGCUCCUCUCCAGGACUGGCUCCUGGGCUGUGUGGCCGCCGUAUCCUCCUCUGGGCUCCCAGGCACUGCUCGGCCUCUUUGGCUCUUCCUGCCUUCAUUACCUGGAAAUUAACCCCCUUUUCCCACCUGGUCCUCCGGGACCAACCCUAGCACUGCCACCCUCCUAGGCUGAGGGCAGCAGCCCCCUCCCAGGCCUCAGCUUUCCCAUCUCUUCCGGGGGGCCUGUGGACAGUGUGGCAAUCCCCUUCCUUCUCCAGCCCCACUGGGGCCCCUGGAGCUGGUUGUGGGGUCUGAGGGGUGAGACCAGUCUCCUGAGCAACAGGCUCUCUCUGUAUGGGCCAGGCUGGAAGGCCCAUUGUUGGCAGAUAUAUACAAGUGAGCCUGAGGGGCGCGAGGUGACCUCGAGUCCAAAAUACCACGGUUGCCAGUGAAGUAA